AUGUGUCUUGCCAGAUCAAUUCUCAGCAAAGCAAAAAUUCUUCUUCUGGAUGAACCAAGUGCUCAUCUUGAUCCUAAGUAAGUACGAGACAAAUAUUUUGUCCAGUUGUUUUCAUACCGGAAUAGAAUAAAACAGUAUCAUGUUAAUAAUAAUAAUUCUCCUUGUUUUACAUUUGCCAUUUGCCAUCUGACCUCUGCUGAAAUACUUCCAGUGAAAGCGAACUUGCCACCUUUUGAGGCAGUCUAUUCCACUUUUAAAUGGCCUGUUCCAUUGGGUAGAUUCUCCUAACAUUUAGCCAAAAUCUGUUUCCCAGGCAUUUCCACCCAUUAGUUCUAGUCCUCCCCUUUAGACCAACAGAGAAAGCUCCUCUCCCAUUUUUUUGUGCUGUGCUUAUUAUUAUUGUUAUUGUUAUUUGUAGCCCGCUCAUCUGAUUGGCUUCUCCCAGGCACUCCGGAAGCUUCCCACAAAUAUAAAAGCAUAAUAGCACAUCAAAUAUUUAAACAAUUUCCCUAUACAGGGCUGCCUUCUACAAGUUGUGUAGUUAUUUAUCUCCUUGGCAUCUGAUGGGAGGGCAUUCCACAGGGCAGGUGCCACUACCGAGAAGGCCCUCUGCCUGGUUCCCUGUCAUUUCACUUCUUGCAGCGAGGAAAGUGUUGCAGUUCUCUGAAGACAGCAAUCAUGUCUCUUCUCCAGAAUAAACACCCCUACCUCUUUUAACCAUUCCUUAUAGGAACCCUCACCAUCCUGGUCAUUCUUGGGGUUGCCUUAGGAGAGGAAAUCACUAUCAAGGUGGUUUAACUCUGCAAUGCCAGCAUACCCCUUCUGGUUUCCUACAGCAGAUAUUGACCUUUUUCCAACCUUGUCUGGUCAAGGCAAGAAGCGAAUGAAAACAGUUACUUCAGAACAAAAUACUGAGCGACUACUUCAGUAGUCGCAUUGCAGGAGUAGUCACUGUAGCAACAGUAGGCGUCAUGCUGACAUUUCAUCUGAACUGAAACUUCCCUAUUGCAAUGCUGUAAAAAGCCUAGCAAAUAAUGUAAAAGUGUCAACUGCAUGUAACCAAAAGUUUAUAUUUCAUUCUUCUGCAUAUUAAAACUCGUUUACCUUUCAGGACUUUCCAAGUCAUUAAAAAGACUCUCAAGCAGGCUUUUGCAAACUGUACAGUAAUACUCUCAGAACACAGGCUAGAAGCACUAAUGGAAUGCCAGCGAUAUUUGGUGAGUGCCUGUCAAGAAUUAGGCGCGAUGUCCAAGGUAGAUCCAAAUAGCUACUUUUAGGCACGAGUAAGGGCUUGGAGCGGGACGCGGGUGGCACUGUGGGUUAAACCACAGAGCCUAGGACUUGCCGAUCAGAAGGUCGGUGGUUCGAAUCCCCACGACGGGGUGAGCUCCCGUUGCUCAGUCCCAGCUCCUGCCCACCUAGCAGUCUGAAAGCACCUCAAAGUGCAAGUAGAUAAAUAGGUACCGCUCUGGCGGGAAGGUAAACGGCGUUUCCGUGCGCUGCUCUGGUUCGCCAGAAGUGGCUUAGUCAUGCUGGCCACAUGACCCGGAAGCUGUACGCCGGCUCCCUCAGCCAAUAAAGUGAGAUGAGCGCCGCAACCCCAGAGUCGGUCACGACUGGACCUAAUGGUCAGGGGUCCCUUUACCUUUACCUUUAAGGGCUUGGAGCAUGUCCAGUGGUGUUUGUUCUGGACUUCUUUCAUUUGAAUAGCAGGCCCUGCAAUAUCGCAAGCUGUGUUUGUAUGCUCUGGUCCAAAGACAUCAUGGACAUGUGCAAACUUUCUAUCCCAACCAACAUUAUGUUCUAACAGGUGCAAAUUAUAUGUGCUUAAUUAAAUUUUUUUUUUGCAUGAAAUGGCUGUUUACAAAGCAUAUGUAACAACACCGCUAGUCACACUUCCUAAAAUAUGGUGCACCUUUGGAGCCAGAAGUCUAGUUUUUGAGCUUAAUCCAGAAAUACACAUUUUUUAGAGGAAUUCUUUGAUAGCACAAUGUUUGCGUUCUGUGCUAUCCCAUAAGACUUACUUAUGGAAAUGCACAAUGUACUGUAGGCAUUCCCCCUCCCCGAAUAAUCAACACAAUCAUGCCAAAGGGCACAUAGAGUAUUUCAAACAAGAUGCUUAUUGACACUUGAGUUGCUGUUACUAGUUUUGUUGCUCAUAAUUGUUUUAUUGCCUGGUUUAAACUGUAUUUUGGGAUUUUCAUUUAUAUUGUUUUGAUUGCUCUAUGUAAACUGCUUCAGGUCACCUUGUGGCAGGAGGUGACUUAUAAAAGCAUUAAAUAAAUAUAGACAAUAGUUGGAGAGCAAAGUAUGCUAUGCUAAGGUAUUUUCUCCUUCCUUAUAAAGCAGAGGAGAAUUUUUCAAGAACCUAGCAAGUUAUGUUAGGAACUGUGUUUCUGGAGUCUCAGAAGGAAACUGAUCAUCACUUCGAAUGCCAAUAGUAGCUGGCUUGAUACUGCUCAUCUUCCAAAUUCUUUCACUUCUAUAAAAGGGAGAUAUGAAGAAGGAAAUGCCAAGUUCUGUAUCAAAGUACUAACUGUCCUGGACACAACUGUCUAAUACAUGAUUUACAGUUUCACUUCUCAGUUCUGAUAGCGAGAACACAUAAGUCAACAACAGCACAAACUGUUUCAUGCAACAUUUUUCACAGCCGCAUUUUCUCUCUCUUACUCAUGCACACUAGGUAGAUAGAAUAGCUUCCCAGGUAGACACAUUUUUUAAAUGGUAAACGUUUUCCAAGUUCCAGUGCUUUCCCCCCAUUAUUGCCCCUCAUUUCUUGUGCACACAGAUGUGAACUUUUUGGGGGAGGAAGGAAGGAAGGGUGCAAAAAUUACUCUUUUCAUAUUAUAAUAUCUUCUCUGAGCAGUUGCACAAGGCAGUCUACCUAGUGAAAUACAAAUAAAUGGAAUGCCUUAUAUCAUGCAAUGGAUCUGUUAAUGAACAGAGCGGAACAAUAUAAAUACUGGGCGUUAUCCAACGCAUUGCUUGUGCAGUAGAAUUUUCCCUCCGCACAUGUGCUCUGUGCCCAUCCCAAAUGUGUUCUGGAGGGCUGUGGAAACUCCUGGAACAGAUUAAGGUUGGGGGGUGGGAGAGGGGAGAGGAGAGGAGGACGAGGUUUUGUCGUGCAUACAAUGGACACUUACCCCUUCCACUGGGUGGGCAGUUGUUGCAGAUCCUUGCUCUCAGUCACCAUCCCCAGGCAGUGAAAACAGAACGCACAUGGCCAAGUGGUCAUUGAGGGAAUUCCCCUUAGCCGCCUGGGUAGCGGGCUCAAGUUCCUGCCAGCUGCUGCGAUUCAAAUUGGCUGAAAAGGCAUUGGCUGCAUGUAUAUAUGGGCCAUAGCUGUCAAUGUUUCCCCUUUUUUAAGGGAAAUUACCUUAUUCCAAAUAGGAUUCCUUGCACAAAAGGGAAAAGUUGACAGCUAUGAUAUGGGCAGCCAGCGAGGUAUAAUAGCCGGCAGUGCCUUCCUACCACAGUGCAUACAAAGUUAUUGUGCUGCGUUAGUGGAAUUCUGCUCACUGUGUUGGACCCAUGGAAGUAUCCUGAAGUAACUGUACCAGUGCUAUUUUUCUAGAAAAAGAGGUGGCGCAAGUCACCAUGAUCACCUCCCUCGUUCUCUUAGAAUGGCAAUGGCACCCACCUGAAAAGUGCCGGAACUGAGUUCCUAGGAGGUCUCCCUGAAAAAAACAAACCUGACUAUGGCUGUAUCUACUCUCACCUAUUAAAAAUAUCAUUCUUAAACAUCAAGACAGGGAAAAGUCCCAUUUGGUUUCUCUUUCACUUCCUUUCCACAAUGUCUACCUUGUGUCUGGAAGGGGUUUGCUCUGCAGCACCCUCUGGUGUCACAUUUUAAUGACACAUUAUUAACGUUGGGGAAAAAAGGACAUAUGGCAAUAUGGUUAUCAGAACCAUUCCCUUUUAGUGUUAAAAACCAUGAGUGUAGAUCUGCCCUAUAUCUGAAUUUAAGAUGAUUUGGCUCUGGGCAAUGUCUAAAUGCAAGAUUUCCUGGGAACACAAAGGGUGGAAUGUAAAUGGAGUAGAUAAUUCAAUUACUAAUCAUAAUUCAUUCCUGUAAUUAUAUUAUUGGCUUAAAAAUAACCAUUCACAAGCCAAACGUUGCUGUUUUAUAACUGUAUUGUACCCACCCUCUUCUUAACUAGGUGAUAGAAGAGAACAAAGUCACACAAUACGAAUCCAUCCAGAAGCUGCUCAGCGAAAAGAAUUCUUUCCGUCAAGCCAUCAGCCAUUCAGAUCGUGUCAGACUCUUCCCGGUGCAUCCCAGGAGCUCAAGCAAACGGAUGUCGAGGCCUAAAAUAAGUGCCUUGCAAGAAGAAACCGAAGAAGAAGUGCAAGAAACCCGGUUGUGAAAAUUUAUCGAGGUGCUGUCUCGUUGCAAUUUAACAGGAAGCAUUCUGGGAAAAUGUCAGAACAGGGCAUUGUUGAAAAUUGCCACUAAAAGAAGUGCAAAAGCAAGCACAUGAAUAUGUAUCUAUCUCUGCAAAAAAAACUUCAUUCCAAGGGCCAAUUUGGUUAUGAAGGAUUGGUGCAUUAGGCAGUAUCCCCACCCCCUGAAGCUGCCCCCAUCUCUUCUGCUUCUUCUGCACAUAGGAAGAUAUUUUAUCAAGAUGGAUGAUCAAAAUUUCCAAACAUUUCAGUUGUAUUAGCUGCCUCUUUAAAAAUAAUGUGAAUGUCAUAACAAGCACAUCAAAGUCUACACUCGUCUUUUCAAACUGAAUCCAUAGCUCACUACGAAACACAGUGAAAAGCCUGCUUUUCUGUGUAAAAAACAACAACAAUCCAGGGUUUUUAAAAAUGCAUUUUGGGGUGGUUUGAGGUCAAGAGUUACAAAUGCAGGUCAUGAAUUAUAUUUAUUAUUACACAAAUUAUAAAUAUUUAGGCUGUCAACUAAACAGCAGAGACAUUUAUUUUCUGUGUCAGGAAGAACACAGCAAUUACCAUGCUUUUGUUCUUGAAAGUGCUGGGCUUUUCAAGUCAGUGAUGGUUGGUGUGCAAAACUGCUAUACUUGUGGGAGAAUGAGAGCACCAAACAGGAAGAAUUUCACAGUUUCUCCUAAAUUCUGUAGUGGAAAAGACAUGGAAACAUGGCCAGACGUUUGGGUUCAUUCUUUUACACAGUACAGAGGUUCUAUUCAGUUGCAAACAAAUUGCUUUUUAUAAAACAUCCAUGCUUGUUCAGAACAUACACCAAUUAGAAAGUUGAAUCGAAAUCAGUUACUUAAGUUGUAUUUAUUUGAAUCAAGCCACUCUAGUGAAAAUCAGUGGGCAUUUUGUCAGUUGCAUUAAAUAGAAUUAUAAUAUUGCCCUAGACGAAUGUAGACACCUUUAGACCAAGUUUGUUCAGUAGAUUUUCAAGCAUUUAUGAACCUACAUUGCAUGUAAGUAGGUGAGGGGAUUAUGCAUUUUUUAAAAGGAAAAAAGAAUCUCAUUUAUAUUAGACUCACUAUAUGCAAUAAGCAGUUGACUCCCUUAGACCUGAAGUCAGCGGAAGCUAAGCACACAAACUGUAGGUUCAAGUGUAAAUAAUGGUCUGUCCUUUUGCUGAGCGCUUUCGGAAAUAAAAAGUCAAGGAAAAGCAAUAUUCUACAGAAUUGUUGCAUUUCAGUGAGUGAGAAAAGGGGGAAGUCACAGUUUCGAAUAUGCAGAUCAUGAUGAACACAGCUGGUUAGGACACAAAAUGUCUAGGUAAAGAUGACAAUGGGAAUUUUUACACUUCAAAUGAAACCUUCCAAACUUAUUCUAGCAAUCUUACUGAGGUUGAUGGGGGGGGGGGGGAGCAUAUUUUAAAAAUGAAAAUAGCAGUUCAUCUGCACGGAUGAAAGAGGAAUUGACUUUUGUGAUGAUCUUCUUUUAUACAGUUCCAUUUUGCAGUUGAUUGGACCUUCCUUGGAAUAUUUAUUUAAUAUCUUUAUUCAGAGAUGGGAGAGACUCGCUUAUUAA